AUGUUUUGUCUCUGCUGCUGCAGAGCUGCCAUUCCUGGUGGAGUUGCAGGAGGUGGCAGGCAUCCAGGUAAAGGGAUUGCUACUGGAGGUGGCGAGCCUCCUGGAGGUGGUGGUGGAGGCCCUCCAGCUACUGGUAGUGCUGGAAGUGGCAGGCCUCCAGCUACUGCCGGUAGUGCUGGUUGUGGUGGCGGGCCUCCUGGAGGUGGUGGUAGAGGCCUUCCAUCUCCAGCUACUGGUGGUGCUGGAGGAGGAGGGCAUCCAGCUACUGCCGGUAGUGCUGGUGGUGGUGGUGGGCCUCCUGGCGGUGGUGGCGGAGGCCCUCUAUCUCCAACUACUGGUGGAGGAGGAGGAGGAGGAGGAACUCCAUCAUUCUCAUCAUAA